UUGCAAGAAAUGGCGUCUCAAGUUGUUUUUUAUUAGAGUUCAAUGUGUUUCUAAUUGUUUCAUGUAUUUGAUAGAUUUAAUUUCUCUCAUAUUAUAUAAUUAGUAAGUGCUAUUGAUGUUUCAUUGACGAAUUACAUUUACUUAGUCGGGUUUCGGUGAUUUGGCUUUGAAACAAUGGCGUCCAAAGAGCCCAUACAAUCCAACGUAAAAGUAGUAGAGAAUCAUGAAUACGUCGAAGAUUACUCCAUUUCCUUGAGUGAAGCUGACGCCGGUGAGGGUAUUAAGCGUCGCAGAGUGACUCAUGACUACAGAAAACUUUCGAAAUUGGGAUACGAUCCAAGUAUGUCAACCGAUGCGAAAUUGCUGCAGUCCUGCGAUGGUAAAGUUAAAAAGCGCAAGUACAGCGAGGACUCCAAUGACUUAUGUGUCUGGGGAGAGAGUCCUAAACCAGCUAAAAUUAGCAAAAUAUGGCCAGUAUUCGACUCUGGAGGGUACGGAGAUGCAACCAUGUUGACUCUUCAUGUGAUGAAGAGGAUUCCUGCAGAGCAAAAUCCAUUACUCUGCAAUACAGCAGAAUCUGUCAUAAGUCUACAAGAACCGUUGACUACAAAUUGGUUUGGUGGUAUUAAUGUAUCCUGGAGGCAAGCCCAAUUAGCUCACAAUGUUCCUUACGAUGAUGUGACUAAACGGAUCUUCUCAUCAGUGUCUCGUCAGCUGAAAAUCAUAAAUACACAUCUCCAAAGGUCUAUGUUCAGAUAUAAGUAUCCGAGAGUGACAAGAUCGAAUGUUCUUCUAGAAAGUUCCAACAAUCGUCGCCCGGCAACACAUUUCAGCAUGUCAUUAAGGGCUAUACGGUUCCAGUCGACGCCCAGGCGGGAGUUGCCUUGCUAUGGUAACUUGGAGUUGCCAUUGAAGAUCAAACAAGAACCAACAAAUCAAAUGUUCCCAAGUAUUGUUAGUGUAAAUACAGACAUUGAUAAGGUGAAAGAUGGUAGUAAAGUGGAAAGUGAUAAAGUGAAAGUGGAAAGGGACAGAGAACGGGACAAAGUCAAGGAUAAAGACAAGGAGAGAGACAGGGAUAGGUCGUCACAUUCGUCCCGGCAUUCGUCGUGUCACCGCUGCAGGCGGCGGGCGCGCAUCAAGCGAUGCUCUAUCGGCGUGCAGUGUCGCCGAGAUCGCGCCGCCACCGUCGCCACGCCCACCACGCCCACCACGCCCGCCACACCCGCCACACCCGCGCCGCCACACGCCUGGGGCACGCUCACACUUGUCGAGAACCCCGACGUCAAAGGACUCAAAUAUCACAGGUUAAUGCACGUAGAGAAGCAUCCGAACGGAGGCGCCAGCGUGCUGUAUCUUCACCAGCGAGACGUGGACAUGCUCCCAGCUCCUCAGCAGGAGUCCCUCGCGAAAGAGUUCCUCAAGCUGGUAUUCUCAGAGGAUAGCGAAGGAUGGGCCCACUUCGUGUGUGGUAUAGUGCGAGGAGCGGCAGCCAGGUUGCCUUGCCUGUUGCGGUAUCUGUCCGAUGAACAUCCUAACCUCACUGUCAAAGCCGGAGUACUUGCCAGGGCGUCUGAUAUAGAGACUACCACCGUUAACAGAUAUUACCAGCAGGUGCAGCAGUCGUAUGCUGCGGGCACGUUCCGGUGCGGUCCGCUGCACCAGAUCUCGCUGGUGGGGACGGUCCACGAGGAGGUCGGCGGGUACUUCCCUGACAUGCUGCAGAUGUUGGCCAACUGCCCGUUCCUCAAAAUGACAAUGCCAUGGGGCCCCAUGUCAGCGGUCGAGAUGGAGCCCCAAGAGUCGAAUGAUGGCCCCAUACUGUGGAUCAGGCCUGGUGAACAACUGGUGCCCACGGCAGAACUUGGCAAGAGUCCUAUUAAGAAACGAAGGACGGGCAUCAACGAGCUGCGCAAUCUCCAGUACCUGCCGCGCUACAGCGAAGCGCGAGAGUUCCUCUUCGAGGAUCGAACCCGCGCCCACGCGGACCACGUGGGCCACGGACUUGACAGGAUUACCACCGCCGCUGUCGGCGUAUUAAAAGCGAUCCAGUGCGGCGACGAGUCGGACCGCGGUCGUAUCACGAAGGACGUGGUGGCGUUCCACGCGGCAGACUUCAACAAGCUGGUGCAACUGCUGCAGCUCGAUCUCUACGAGCCGCCCAUAUCGCAGUGUGUCACGUGGCUUGAAGAAGCCAAACUGAACCAGUUAAGGCGAGAGGGCGUCCGGUACUCCCGUCUGUCGCUGUGUUCGGACGACAUCUACUUCCUCCCAAGGAAUAUCAUACACCAGUUCAGGACCACCUCCGCAGUCACCUCAGUUGCGUGGCAUCUACGGCUAAAGCAGUAUUAUCCCUCAUCAGAGGCCUCAUCACCAGCCGACGAGAGACCGACCAAUCCUCAGCCCAUUCCCAAUGAGAUCACGGUUGAUGAAUCUAAGAAAUCUACAACAAAACAUAAGUCUGGAGUGAUAGAAAUGAGAGCAUUAAGCGCAAAAUUCAAAGAAAAACCUGCACUAAAACUAACUGAAGCAAGGAAAAGUAUAGAUAUUCAAGUGAAAACGGAAAAGCAGGCGGACGAGAAAAAAGACAAAAAGCCAGACUCGAAAACAGACAGAUCUGAGCAGAAACCCGAGAGAACAGACAAGGACAGGACAGAACAAAAGUUGGAAAGAAACGACGUGAAGUCGGAACGAACGGAAAUAAAAACUGAGAAGACGGAAUCGAAAUCUGAUAGGGUCGACCACAAAUCCGACAAAACGGACCAAAGAACAGAUAGGACUGAACACAACAAAACAGAUAGAAUAAAACAGAGGCACGAUAAGACUGAAAAAUCUGAGAGGAAUGACAAGUCCCACAAGAAUGAUAUCAAAGUGGAGAAAGUGGAAAAGAUGGAGAAACUGGAUAAGAUGGAGAAACUGGAUAAGAAUCACACGCACCGACAUAAAGAAUCGGAUAAAAAUCGCACGGAAAGUCGGUCCGACAAAUCACACGAUCACCACAGGAGGCACUCGUCGUCGCGGUCGCACAAAUCAUCGCACAAGUCGGAUCGGCCGAGAGAUCACAAAGACCACAGGAAAGAACACAGAACUGAUGAUAGGAAGUAUGAGAAACAUAGAUCAGACAGUGGGAAAGAUGCCAAGUAUUCAGAAAACAAGGCAACGCUGGAAGCCGUCAAGUUACCACAGGAGGUGGUGCAUCGGCCCCCGGAUUAGUUAUUGACUGGACAAACUUGACCAUCUCCAGUGAGUGCGGUGUCAGUUUGCUUGACAAAGGAUUGUGGACUUUAAUGGUAAUAUUUUAUAACAUUUUUUUAAAAAGAACGUCAAUUUCCACUUCCAAUGUGAUUUU